AUGGGGACGUCUCCCUCUCCCGAUGGAGGAUCGUAUGUGAACGACUAUCUGGCUGCUGUUGCUGCUGCAUUUGGUGAUGGCGUCCAGCAGUCAUCGGAAGCAGGCUCGUUGGAUUCGCUGGACCCCGCUUUGUUGUAUCUCAUACAAGCUCAGUUUGGUGCCAACGCCCUGCCGAUGACGGAGGGUGCGGAGGCGCCAGUGUUGGCGCUGGACUCGUUGUUGGGGGAAGGGAGCGCUGGUUUGGGCGACAGUAAUGGAAGUUACAGUGGUGCUAUGGCUACGGCUACCGAUAGAGCUGUUGUCGGUUCUGGUCCGCUGGUGCCUGUGGGUAGUCCGUCUAGCAGUAUUGCUUCUGUUCCGGUGAAGGGCGAAGUGGUGGAGGCGGGCAGCAGUAACAGUGGAGUAGGGGGAGAGGGUAAACGUGUGGUACCUGAAAAAGUGUUGAGGAAUACGCUGAUGUUGUUGGCGCGUAAUGGAUGCAGAUUGCCUCUGAAGAGAUUCCAGGAAAUAUAUGCAAAGGAGUUCGAUUCAACCUUUGAUUCGAAAGCUUACGGUUUCGGCUGUCUCCGUCUAGCUUUGCUUUCCCUACCCGGUGUCACUCUCACUACCGACACUGUGUGGUUGUGGUCGUGCAGGACCUGCGGAGUUAUGGCUAGUCCCGACACGGGCAGAUGCAAAUGUAAAGUGAUGUCGAUGGGACCAUGCCAUCGGAUAGAUUGGGGCCUUAACCUUUCACGUGCCCUCGGGGACUUUGUGUAUAAGAGGGCCGAAGAGCUGCCUGCUGAGGAGCAAAAGGUCUCUUCUAUGCCUGAUAUCGUCACGGAAGAGAUCACUGAUGAAGAUGAAUUUAUGGUCCUCGCAUGUGAUGGGGUGUUUGAACUAUUGUCAUCUCAAGAUGUAGUCGAUUUCAUAAGCCGUCGGUUGAAGAGUGGCGAGAAGCUGCACACUGUCGUAGAGGCCCUUCUUGAUGAGUGCUGUUCGAGGAAUCCUAGAUUGACCCAAGGCCGCGGUACUGAUAACGAGACAUGUGUGAUUGUUAGUUUAAAUGGUGUUGGUACUUCUGGUAGCUGUAGUAAUAAUAAUACUAAUGUAACAGCGGAUGUCCAUUUUGCUCCAGCAAAGGCCAACAUCGACAACAACAAGCUCGAGCAAAGCGUUGGUGAUGCUCCGGUAUCUGAAGAUGCAUCACCUCUUUGUAGUAACUGA